AUGUCGCAACUACCUCCGAGCACUCGCGACAACUGGUCAUACUCGGGUGAUUUUCACGUUGAAGCUAGCGGAAACAAUCGCCACCGUCGCGCAACCGUACCGGAGCUUAAGGCCUUAUUCGACGGUACUGACGGCGCCAAAGAUCGCCCAGCUCACUGGUACGAGGCCCAACUCAUCCACUAUGGAUUGCCUCCCUCCAAGACCAAAGGCACUGCCAAGAUGAGGUUGUUCGACGCCGUCGGCAAGGGUAAUCUCUCCGUGCCUGCUCAUAUUCUCAAGGUAGAAACGGAGCUCAAGAAAGAUUGGACCAAGCGAGAGCGAGAGGCCAAACAGGCGCUGAAGAAAGCGUCCACCCCGGCUACGACGACACCAAAGGUAACCGGCAAACGCAAGGCGGACGGUAGCCAGGUCGGGGCACCGGGGCACAAUGUGAGCAUUAACCUCAGCGUGUCGUUUGGGCCCAAUGGCAAUUUCCAGGUUGCGCCCACUGAGCCGGCGCCCAAGAGGGCGAGGGCUACUCCCGCGGUGAAGCCUACUCCUGCAGCGAAGAAGGCUCCUGCAGCGAAGAAGGCUCCUGCAGCGAAGAAGGCUCCUGCAGCGAAGAAGACUCCAGCAGAAAAGGAGACUCCCGCAGCGAAACCUACUCCUGCAGCGAAGAAGACGACAACGGGUGCUAAAAAGGAGAAGGUUGCUGUCCCGCCGGCUCCCAAACUACCGGCCUCUACCCCUACCACAACCGCCAAAAAGCAAACGGCCCGAUGCACCUCCCGUGCCGGUGCUGCUGCUGGUCGAACAGCCUCUUCCCGUCCUGCCGGGCCCCCCGCCCCGGCGACCACCACUGCCCGUGCGCCCCGAACCAAACAAACUGCCCGGCGCUCUCGGCCAUUCAACCCAGCUACUGCCCCGGGCCGCUCGGCGCCCGCCAACCCGCCGCAGCCCGUCGUCGAGAGCACUCCUACUUACUGGGAUAAUCCCUAUGGUGACGACGACGCACCUCCGCCGUACCCUGGCUCUCCCGACUACGGAAAUGAGUAUAUGGACCAGGAUGACGGCUACGGCGAUGACGGCCACGACGACGAUGGCCACGACGAGGACGGCUACGACAAUGGCUACGGCGGCAACGUGGGCUAUCAACCCCCCAGCGCGUUCUCACCACUCCCUCCGCUCGGCCUCCUCAACGGCCGGUAUCAUGUGAGCUGCACGGCACCUCUAAAGUACGCUGAGGACGGCCGCACAUCCGGCAUCAUCUUCACGCUGGACGGCAACGCGCUCUGGGGCUCCUUCGACAUUGGUCCAUUGUCCGGCAUUCUCUUCCUGGAGGAGCGGCCGUGGGCAUCGUCGCACGAGGAGCUGCCUCUCCAGUGGCGUGCGCGGCUUAAUAUGGGAGACCAUAUGGAAGACUACCUUGAUUGGUGUGAUGCAGAUUUUAUCAGGUUUUCCGGGGACGGGGAGAUCGAUGGGGAAAUCAGGUUUUACGGAACCACGUUGCAGUUUGUAGGAAGAAGGGCCUCGGGGCAGGGGACGAGGAGUGAAGUGAGUUCGGCUUCGAUGAAAAGGCAGUGGGAAGAGUUGGGAUGUUGA